UUCCCUCACUCUGAAAACCUUCUCACCCAUAACACCUGAAUGGUGAAUAUGAGACACUUCAGACCCAUUGCUGUGAAAUUCCGCUUGUCCCCCACCUACGCCACUACCCUCCAUGAUUCUCCUCCUUCACCGGUGAGCCUCCACCAAACCAUCCGCUUCAUCACCAAAGUCCGCCUCAAAUGGGUGAAGAACCGCGGCCUUGACCACAUUAUCGACCGCGACACCGACAUCAAAGCCGCCGCUCUCCUCAUCGACCUUAUUGGCCGUUCGCCAUCUUCCUCACCCCUCCCUGUUCGUUCCCUCUCCCAUCUCCAAAAAACACUAGGCCUCACCAUACCCCUUCUCCGCUUCCUCCGUCGCUACCCCACCCUCUUCCUCGAAUCCCCUCACCCGCGAUACCCCUCCCUUCCCUCAUUCUCCCUCGCCCCAGCUUCCGUCCUUCUUCGUCGCCGCGAACUCGAUCUUUGCUCUGCUGACGCCGCUGCUGCGGCUUCCCGCCUUGCGCGCCUCCUCAUGAUGUCUCGUUCUCGUUCCCUUCCGCUCCGCGCUCUCGCUUCCCUCCGCUACGAUCUCGGCCUCCCAUCCACCUUCGCUACUUCACUUGUCCCUUCUCGCCCUGAUCUCUUCCGAACUGUUUCGAGCGGCGGCCAGCACCGCCUCGCUCUCGUAGAUUGGCCUUCCGAUCUCGCUAUCUCUGCCCUUCAGCUUCGCCACGCCGACUCCAUUUCGAAUCCUUCGUACCGGGAUUUUAAACGCGGUGCGUUUUCCUCCGCCACGCCGCUCACCUUUGCCAUGAGCUUUCCCCGUGGAUAUGGCGCGCAGAAGAAGGUCAAGGCCUGGAUGGAGGAGUUUCACCGCCUUCCCUAUUUUUCCCCUUAUGACGACUGUUCUGGGAUCGACCCAGAGAGCGAGUUGAUGGAGAAGCGCACUGUAGGGGUUCUGCAUGAGAUUCUUAGCCUCAUGAUUCAUAAGAAGACGAAGAGAAAUUAUAUUAGGAGCCUGCGGGAGGAACUCGGGCUGCCUGAGAGGUUUACUAGGAUUUUUACUAGGUAUCCUGGUAUUUUCUAUUUGUCCAUGAAGUGUAAGACGACAACUGUGAUGUUAAGGGAAGGUUAUCUGAGGGGGAAGCUUGUUGAUCCCCAUCCGAUCACAUUGUUGAGGGAUAAGUUGUUUUAUGUGAUGAGGACUGGAAUAUUGUACAGGGGUAAGGGCAUGUCAAAGCUAGUGUUGAAUGAAGAUGAUUUAGACCGGUUAGGGGAUGAAGGCGGCGGGGAAGAGAAGUUCGAGGGAGGGAGUCAGGGUUAUGAUGAGGAUGAGGAUGAAGAGGGUGAAUGCUAUGAAGUGGAGGAUGAUGAAUCUGAAUCUGAAUCAGACUCAGAUGAGGACUAAAAUGAGCAUUGGUUUUUCCUUAUUUUACUUGAUAGGAAGCUGGAUGAUUUGUCAUGGGGGAGUUCUGUCCAUGUGUGGUAUUUUCUGCAGCAUUCAUGGUCAGUGCAUGUAGUGCAGGCGAGCAGCAAGAAAGUAUAAUUCCUGAACUUUCUCCUGUCAUAUUUAUUAGCUUGUUUUUCUGUGCUCUCUUUUUCCUUCAGGAUCCAUUCGUUGUCUGCAGUAUGUUUCCUAGAUUUCACAGUUUGAUCUAUUCAUUCUCAGCAUUUCUGGCUGUUGAAUUGGUCCUAAAAAUCUUG